CUGACGUUCACAACAGGCGUUGCAGGGGGGAAGCUCUGGGUCGAGGAGGAAACUGUGUGUGUGAGUGAUAUAGUGGGCGUGGAUGUGGUGUGUGUGUGUGUGUGUGUGUGUGUGUGUGAAACCAGAGGAGUGUUAACAGUAUCUCACACACACUCGCUCGCUCACACAGUGGCCUGUGGGCUUCGGGGCGGCUGCAGGACAGAAAGCCUCCGCUGUUGAGGAGGAAAGAAAGAAAAGAGAAAAGAGAAAGAAAAAAAGAAAGAAAGAAGAAGAAGAGAAGGAACUGCGGUCACUGCGAUCUGCUUCCAUUCUGACAGAAGAAGAAGAAGAAAGAGAAGAAGAAGAAGAAGAAGAAAGAGAAGAAGAAGAGGCAGCAACAUGUCCAGCGCAAUCCUGAGGAGAAACUCGAGCAAACAGGGAUUACAGAACCUGAUGAGGGUGACGGCCCAGAGGAGCAUCGAGGACGCCGAGGAGGCGGAGCGGGAGCGGCGGCGGCGGGCUCGCGAGGCUUUCCGCCGCAUGAACGUCGACUCGACGCCCGGAGAGCCGGCGCUGGAGAGCGAGACCCCCGCCGAGGAAAACACGUACGACGGCGGCCUGAAGCCGAGCUCCUCCCCCUCCCUGGAGGAGGACGAAGGCUUCAGCGACUGGACGCAGCGCCGGGAGAGACGCAGGCAGCAGCGCCUGCAGGAGCUCAGCCAGGGAGCCGAGGAGGAGGAGGACGAUGAGGAGGAGAAGCACACGAACACGACGAACAGAGGCGCUCCCGUGAAGAAGACCAUCGCCUCCUCCUCCUCCUCGUCCUCCUCCUCCUCGGCUCGCCUGCAGAGGCAGCAGCAGGAGCAGGAGGAGGCCGACAGGACCAGGAUGCAGGCCGACAGGAGGAAGGAGCGCGAGGAGGAGCAGAUGAGGAUGACCAAGAGGAGGGAGGAGACCCAGCGGCCAGAUGAGGAGGUGGAGAAAAGACGAGAGGUGAAGGUCUCAUACACGUCCAAGGUUUUCCUCCAGCAGGACGCCAGAGACAACAACACCAACGGAGACGCAGACGAGGAGGACGUGACGUCAUACGUGCACAAUAAGACAAAAAGGUCCAGCAGCCGAGGCAUGGAGGCGGAGGAGGCGGAGGAGGCAGCGGAGGCGGAGGCGGAGCAGCGGCUGGAGAAGAUCCGGCGGAGCCACCAGCAGAAGGAGAGCCAGGAGCUGCUGGAGCUGAGGCACCGGCAGGCCGAGGCCGAGCAGGAGCUGGAGGAGCUGAAGAGGAGGAGGGAGGAGAGACGCCGCGUCCGGGAGGAGGAGGAGCGCCGCCGGGACGAGGAGGAGCAGCAGCGCCUGGCCAGAGAGGAGGAGGAGAGGAGGAGGAUGAAGGAGGACAUAGAGAGGAGGAGGAUGGAGGCGGCAGAGAGGAUGAAGAGCCUGAGCUCGUCCAGCGUGGAGGGAGACGAGUCCUUCAGCCCCUUCAGCCCCAAAACGCCCACGCACAAGAUCACAGAGAGAACAGAGUCGCUGAACCGAUCGCUGAAGAAAAGUAACAGCUUUAAGAAGACGCAGCUUCCUGUCCUGCUGUCCAAGAUUGACGACAAGCUGGAGCAGUAUGCACAUGCUGUGGAGAACUCCCAGGAGGCCCGAGUGGCCCGGCCGGGCCCGGCGGACCUGCCCAGCUCUCCGGAGGUCGUGGCGUCCAAGAAGAACCUGUUUGAGGCUGGAGAAGCCUGGAACCAGAGUCCUGCCAAGGCGCCAGCGAGCAAGGACACUGAGGUGGUGAAGGUGGGCGUGGCCGGCCUCAUCACCCAGUGGGUGAAGUCCAGUCCGGACGGCAGCCGGCCGUCUCCCUCCAGGCCGGCGGAUGUGAAGCCUGGAGAUGUGAUGCAGAAGAGAAACAUGUGGGAGAUCAUCGGAGAUUCAUCUGCCAGGACGGGCCCGAGGGCGAAGGGCGCGCCUUCUGGUAAAAGAUAUAAAUUUGUUGUAACUGGCCACGGAAAAUAUGAGAAGAUCUUUGUGGACGACGAGGACGGACACGAACUCUCAAACGGAAAAUCUGGCCUGUGCAACAGUGAUUACUGAGACCAUGUUGGUGCCAAAGAGUCGUCUUCUCUUCAAAAAAAAAAAAAAAAAAAAAAAAAAAAAUCAGCCGGCUAUAAAGACAUCUAGCACAAGCAGCUCUUCUAAGACAAUACUCCACGCAUGUUCAUUAAAUCACAUUUUUCCUGACACGCUCUCUUGGAUGCAAAGAACUCCACCAACCGAUCAAGUCCCAAAAAAAAAAAAAAAAAAAAAAAAAAUCUUCAUAUCAUAAAAAUGUCUACAUCUUUUUGGUUUCCUGUUUCUCUUCUUUGUUUUUUUGUUUUGUUUUGUAUUUUCUGACAUGUUAGUGUAUUCUAUUCAACUUCAAAUGUUAUGUAUAUAUAUGACUGUGACAUUUCUUCUCUGUUUAUUUUUUCUGUAUUUUAUUCCACUGCAGUGUUUGAAAAAAAAGAUCAUUGUAUGAUGGCGUACAGGGGAAAUUCUUGCUACAUGCUAUAAAAAUACUCUUAAAUUGAAAAGUUUACAUUUGCCAAUCAUGCAGGAUUAAUCUCUGUGAUUGCUGCGUUCAAAUAUGCAAAGUAUAUUGAGCUGGACUGCACUUAAACUUUGGAGUUAGAACAAUCGGUGAUAUCUGCUUUAUGAAACACUGCAAAAAUCUCAGAGUUUGCAAAGACAAUAAUGAUUUCCACAUCAUUUCACUGACAUGUGCCGAAAACACACAUCUGACCAAAGUGGAGAAUAACGCCUCUUAAUCUGUCACCAAACCUAAUCCAGCAGACACCCAAAUGUAAUCCAUGCCUCUCCCUGUUUCUUUGUUUUUUUUUAAUCCAGCACACCAGUGCCUUUGGCUCUGUUUGUACGACUCAUGUAGACACUUAUCACCUUAAAUACCUGCGUACUGAUAUUCCUGCUUAUGUGUGUUAGUUACCCAUUUUUUCUUAAAUAAAUUAAAAUCAUUUUCUACUGUA